AUGGCGGCCGCAGCAGUUGAUGCGCCGGCGGAUGUUUCGGCGAAGCGCCGCAAGACCAUAAUUGGCACGCACAACGGCACCUUCCAUUGCGACGAAGCGCUUGGCUGCUACCUGCUGCGCCAGACGCCCGCGUUCAAGAAUGCAGAGAUCGUGCGCAGCCGCGACCCAGCAGUGCUGGCGACGGCUGACGUGGUUAUCGACGUGGGCGGCGUGUACGAGCCGGAGAACCAGCGCUUCGACCACCACCAGCGCGGCUUCUCGGAGGUGUUUGGCCACGGCUACGUGACCAAGCUGUCCAGCGCGGGCCUGGUGUACAAGCACUACGGCCGCACCAUCGUGGCGCAGCACAUGGGCCUGCCCGAGGACAGCGCCGACGUCACCGCGGUGUGGCUGGAGCUUUACAAGAGCUUCAUCGAGGCCGUUGACGGCGUCGACAACGGCGUCAACCAGUACGAGAGCGACAAGCCGCCGAGGUAUGUGGUCAACACCACCCUGCCGGCACGGGUCGGCGCUCUCAACCCACAGUGGAGCGACCCCUACACGGACGACUCCCUGCUGGCCGGGUUCCUCAAGGCGGUGGAGCUCACAGGCCGGGAGUUUGAAGAGGCGUUGAUAUAUGUGUCGCGGUACUGGCUGCCCGCCAAGUCCCUGGUGGCUGCGGCGGUGGCGGCGCGGCACGAGGUGGACGCCUCCGGCCGCAUCAUCAAGCUGCCGCAGGGCGGCGUCCCCUGGAAGCAGCACCUCUACACCCUCGAGCAGGAGGCCGGCAUAACCUCGGACGCCUCCAUCCUCUUCGUGCUGUACGAGGACGACCGCGAGAAGAACUUCGAGAACCGCAAGAACAUUGGCACCCAGGCCUGGCGCGGCCUCCGAGACGCCGCGCUCAGCGAGGUCGCGGGCGUCCCCGGCUGCGUGUUCUGCCACGCAUCGGGCUUCAUUGGGGGCAACGACACCUAUGACGGGGCCCUCGCCAUGGCGCGGCUCAGCCUCGCGGCGCCGGACGAGUGA